UUCUAAAAUUUCUCAUCCGUUUCAAGUUUGAAAUGCUCAGGGAUCUUGGGUGGGCAUAUUGUUUCGUGAAUAGGAUUGCUUCAAGCCAUAUUGCACUGGAUAUCCAAGCUGCCUUUCUGAAGCCAACCAAUCUUUUAGAGAUUUUAUGGUUUCACAAGUUCCCAUUUCAAGUUUGAAACUUUGAAACGCUCAGGGAUCCUGGGAGGGCAUAUUAUCUUGUGAAUAGGAUUGAUUCAUAGCCCGCUGCUAAUGAGUUUAGUCCAUUAAACAGUCUUCCGAAAAACAAAAGGUUCAAAACUGCUCAUUUUGGUUCAGGGGUAAAACUGGUAACAGAGGAAAAACAAUCAACUCAUUUACCUGGGUAAAUUUUCUGACAAAGGAACACGGAUAGUUACAUUUAUCUGGGGAAGUUUUACCUGGAUAAUAGGAUCCACAAUGGUUAUAUCAUGUAAGUGUAGCCAAUCGCCGAGGUUACUUUUGUAAAUUCAAGUGGGAUUUACUGGAAGUAGAUAAGUCUCUUAAAAUCUCAAUAUCCAGAGGAAGCCAAAUUGCACACAGAAAACACAAAACACCAUGGAAUUCUGCCUGUUACUACGAGCUCCACCCCUCAUCAGAUCCCUUUCUUCAACUAGUCGAACCAAAUCAAUCUCUCAUUUCCCUCCAACAAAGCUUUCUGAAAGACAUACUCGUUUUUCACCAGCAGCUCCUCUCUUGGCAGCCUUGAAGAGUCCGAGAGGCUUUGGACCUUCCACGAAGAAGAGCAAGACGAAGAAGCCAAAGAAAGGUGAUGGGACAGCCAGUGACGAUGAAGAUGAUGACUAUGACCCAGACGAAGGUAUUAUUCCGGAGGUAGUGACCAACCGGAUGAUGAGCAGGAUGGCAUUCUCAGUGGGGAUUCCUUUAUUCAUUGGACUACUCUUUUUCCCUUUCUUUUAUUAUCUCAAAGUGGUAUUGAAGAUCGACGUGCCCACCUGGGUUCCCUUUAUAGUGUCCUUCUUCUUCUUUGGCUCGGCUCUGUUGGGGGUGAGUUAUGGGAUUGUGUCGUCCAGUUGGGAUCCAUUGAGGGAGGGGUCUCUGUUGGGGUGGAAUGAAGCCCAGAAGAAUUGGCCUGUGUUCUGGCAAUCUCUCUGGGGUAGAUCAGGCAAGAAGUAGAGAGAGAGAGAGGUUCCAAUUGAAAGAGGGGAUAAGAAUUUGUUUUUUUCUGUUUUUCGUAAGUGAGGUAAUGUUGUAAUUAAAUCAUUAAAUGUAUAACAGAGCACAGUUCAAAGAAAAUAGCUUUCAUGCUUUGGAACCCAA